ACGCUCCAAAGACAAUUCAGUAGUCGUAUCUUCAGCACGCUUAGUGGAAAGCCUCUCGCUCGCAAAACAAAACUUGUCUCCUUUUUGUUGAGUAAAGUUACCUAUAGUAUUCAUCAUUAGCUGUAUAGAAGUCAAUCAGUCAGUCAGUAGGAUUUAAAAUUUCUGUCGCAGCUUAAAUCAAGGAUUAUUCAUUUUCGAGAGUGUUUUUUUCAUAACAUAUUUAAAACAAAAAAUCGUGUCCUUGUUUUUGAUAUCGCGAGUGUAUCGAGUUUUUAAAUAAAUCAAACAAAAAAAAACACCCCGCCCGAAUUUUAAAUCAAAAAGGAUCCUUUGACAUAUCCUUAUCAAUAAAACCCCAAACCACAUCACACGUGAAUUUUUGCUGCUGCUUCUUCUUCUUGGCUUUAUUUAGUGUGGAGUGUUGUGUGUAUCGCCUUCUAGCCGGCUAGCACUUAAAAAUCAAAGAUACAAAAAUCCAUCCUCCCCCCGUAACGUUGCGUUGCCGCCCCUGAUUCAAUUCAAUUCGAUUUGAUUUGAUUUUUAAAUAGUGUGCGAUUGUGUGUUUGUGUUGUUUUUUGAAGGAUUCUCAAUAAAGGACAUUUUUUUUCGCAACAACUUAACACAAAAAAUCCAUACAUCAUGAUCAUUGGAUUAGUAAGGGAUUCAGUCAUGCAGUGCUUCUGCCAUACGUGCCGAGCACCCAUUCUACCAGCUGUAUCGAGGAGAUCAGCACCAAUUAAGAAGGCAACUAAAAUUCGCUCCAAACAACCACGAGCAUCGAAGAAAGUUAAAUUUAUCACUACUGAAAUUCGUUGUCAGGAAAAGUCCAAAGGUGGUUUGAGCUAUGAAGUUAUUCUUGCUGAACCAGCACCUAAUGUUACACUGCCAAAACGUCCAGUUACACCAGGCAGGAGUGUUUCCGUUGAAGAAAUUGAAAAGAAAUUAAAGGAGGCCGAGGAGAGACGUAUUUCCCUCGAAGCCAAGAAAAUGGCUGAGAUUUCCAAUAAAUUGGCCAAAAUCGAAGAAGCCACUCGUAAGAAGGAUGAACUUAACAAUGAAUUUAUUACUCAGACCAAAGAACAACUUGAAACUAAGAUGGAACAACAUGUUGAGAAACGCGAGGCCAUUAUUAGCGAUUUGAAGGAGAAAUUGAAGAUUCAUUCUCAAGAAAUUGAAAAGACCCGCACUACAUUGGAACAGCAAAAAUUCAUUGAAAAAGAAGCCAUUGAAGAGAAGCUUAAAACUGCCCAAUCUCUUCGUGAUGAAAAUAUCAAGAAGAUGCUUGAACGCCUAAAGGAGCAUAACACUGUCAAAAUUGCCGAAAUCAAAAAUCAAAUCGAUCAAUUGGAAACGCAGAAGAUUGAGGAGAAGGCCCGAAUUAUUGAAAAUAAAUUAUUCACAGCGGAACAAAAUCGCGAAAAGGAGAUCCAAAAGAAAAUCGAGACUGUUCGAAAACUUGAACGCCGCGCUGAGUUGGUGCGUCAAAAUAAGGCUGCUCAACAACCAACCAAUGAGGAGGAGAACUUUUGUGAAUCUGCUGCUGUAACAGCCUCAUCCGGUUAAAUGAAGACAGAAAAAGUAUAAUAAAUCAACAACAAAAAAAAAAGAAACUUAAAAAACACCAUUUCCAAACCAUCACAGUUAAAUCUAUAAAUUGAUUUAACAAAAAAAAAAUAAAAUAUUAUAUUAUUAUUAAAAAGACAACAACUAUCACUCAAAAGAAAAAUUACUACAACUUAAAGAAAAAAAAAACAAAAAAAAAGAAUUGAACUUUGAGUCUUAACUCAUAAAUAAAAUAAAGUUUUUUUUGUUUAAUUUAUUUUUUGGUUUUGUUUAAAUUAAGUUUUUAUUUUUUUUAAGCAAAACAAAAAAUAUAUGUGUCAUGUUUAAGAUGGUUGUCUGUGCACAUUUUUAAUUUUCUUUUAUUCUCAUUUUGAUGUUUGAUUUUUAAUUAUUAUAGUUUUUUUAAUACAUUUUUAAUUUCAUUAGUAAUUAGUAUGCCUGGUUGCAUUCAAUUUAAAUUACUUUAAACGAUAUUAUUCUUAUUCUUAUUAUUAUCAUUAUUAAUUAUUAUUAUUAUAUGCUUUUUGUACUCUCUUCUUAAAGAAUCUAAUAAAUUAAAUUUAAUACAAAAAUUAAACUUUUGUUUUUAUUUCCUAGAGUAUUUUUUUCGUUAAUUUGUUUUUGCUUUCUUUCUAUAAAAACUUAAGAAGGCAUAGCCCCCCCAACAAAAAAAAUAAUAAUUAAAUUUUUAAUUAAAAUCAAAUAGUAGACUAAAUUAAAACAAUACAAAAGCAAAACCAAAACAAAAACCAGAAAAAAACAACAGAAAAUUUAUAAAAUCAUAAUAAAAUAUGAAUAAUUUUCCUUAAAUCAAAAAACCUAAUAAAAAAUUCAACAAAAUGAUGAAAAAAAAACUUAUUAAAUAGACAAGAAAAACAAAAUAAGAAAAGAAGUACAUUUAAUUAAAUUUACGAUUUAUCUACGGAUGGCUCUAUCUUUAAACAAAAUAAGAACUAUUUAAUCACAAAAUCCGCUCUCUCCUUCUAAUUAAACAAAAACAAAACAAACAAACCUUCUUGUAACUUGUAAGUAUUUUGGAUGUUCGAUUUGUCAUUUAAACAAAAGAAAAAUAAAAACAAA